AUGGCGACUGUAUCCCUCAAUGAACACACAGCCUCUUGUUUCUGCAGGGAGAGUCUGGACGGCAGCUGUUAUUUUGAAGGUGGGACAGUCUCGUACCCUGGCAACGUGUCAAGCCCUGUGGUUUCUGCGGUGCUGAGAGUCGGUGUGGUUCCUUCCAUGUGGCUUGAGGGACUAUGCUUCUGCUGGUAGCUCUUUGCCUUGUCUGUACUUAUAAAACCAUCUCGGCCACAGAUGGUGGCCAGGACACCAGCCACAAACCACAGUUCGACUACAACAGCCUAGCCCUGCCACAGCAGCAUAUCCCAUUCUUUUUGUACAACAACAAAUUUGUGGCCAAGCUUUGCAAAGAGGACCCACAUUGCCCUUUUAAAGAUGCUCUGUCGCACAGGAAGGCCUGCUGGGGUUAUGAAAAAAACUGUUCCCCCGAACACCGCUUCAGUUAUCCUGUGUGUACCAGCCUUGAUUCAGGAUGGGCGAGCUCAAUUGAGUCUGCACAGGAAGUAUUCUGGAAACAAGGGGAUUUUGGCUAUGUGAGGGAGCGUCUAUAUGAGAUGAAGACAUUGUGCAAACCACUGAGUCCUGGAGAUUCUUCUCUAAAAUGCUCUAGUCAUAUGCGGUUCUGCAGGGCAACAAACUUGUACCUCGAUCUGCGGAGUCCCCGCCGAGGUCAUGAAAGGUAUAAAGAGGAUUUCCUGGAAACGGGCGAGAUUGGUGGUCACUGCAGCCUUAAAAGUGAAACAUUAGCUUUGGAAGGGAAGCACAAAAGUCCUCUUCAGUCCUGGUUUGCAGAAUUGCAGACAUACACAGAACUGAACUUCCACCCCUUAGAUGAUGGGCACUGUGACGUCAUCAUCGAUAGACCAACCGUCUUCAUGAAGUUGGAUGCAGGAGUAAACAUGUACCAUCACUUCUGUGACUUUGUUAACCUCUACAUCUCCCAACACAUCAACAAUUCAUUCAGUCGCGACAUAAACAUCGUCAUGUGGGACACCAGUGUGUAUGGAUAUGGUGACCUGUUCAGUGAAACCUGGCGGGCUUUCUCCGAUUAUGACAUCAUUCAUCUUAAAAACUUUGACUCCAAAAGGGUGUGUUUCAAAGAUGCGUUUUUCUCUCUUCUUCCAAGAAUGCGCUAUGGUCUUUUCUACAACACCCCUCUUAUAUCUGACUGUCACAGUGAGGGAAUGUUUCGGGCGUUUUCCCAACAUGUGCUUCACCGACUCGGUGUCCCACAGGAGGGACCAAAGGAGGGCCAAGUCCGUGUCACCCUAUUGGCAAGGAGCACUGAGUAUCGUAGGAUAAUAAACCAAGAGGAGAUCAUAACGGCUCUGAAGACUGUACCUUUUUUUGAGGUCAGAGUUGUGGAUUACAAAUACAAAGAGAUGCCGUUCCUGGAGCAGAUCCACAUCACCCACAACUCUGAUGUCUUCAUCGGGAUGCAUGGAGCCGGAUUGACUCACCUUCUCUUCCUUCCCGACUGGGCCGUCAUAUUUGAAUUGUACAACUGUCAAGAUGAGAGCUGCUACCGCGAUCUGGCCCGACUGAGAGGGGUCCAUUACAUGACUUGGCAAAAAAGGAACAAAGUGUUCCCUGAGGAUAAGGGGCAUCACCCAACUCUUGGGGAACAUCCGAAGUUUACCAACUACUCUUUUGACGUAGAAGAGUUCAUGCGUCUGGUCCUGUUAGCGGCUGAACACGUGAUGCGGCAACCGGGUUGGCGAGCGAAGCAAACCCGAGAUGAACUGUAGCCCAUGAAGGUCUUCUUUGAGAAGAAGCACACUCCUAGUAACUGCCCACACUACUAAAACUGUUGCCACAAAGACAAUUGUCUUAUAUGUGAAAGCACAAACUACAAAAAAAUGCAUUUUAUAUUUAACCUGCGCUGUCUCUGGCAGUUGCAGGUUGCCCAUGGAGGUACUGAAAUAGGUCAUUGAAAGACUUCACAUCCAUUUUUUGGCUGGUGUGAUUGGUCAGUUUUUAAGUGGCCUAGCACACUUUAAGUACUGUAUGUGUGGAUAUACAUUUUUUUAGAGGCUACAAUUUGAAAGCUGUUUUUAAGUGUAGUUUUGUAAUUUUAUUUUUAGACUGGCUAAAGUUAAAACGUAAUUUUUUGUCAGCUUAUUUUCCCACAUAUUUUAGUGUGACGGUGCCUAAACCAUUGUAACUCUUAAGAAUAUUGUGCUUUUAAUUACAUUAUAUUGUAAACCUAGAUUUUUUACAUAUUAAGGCACAGGAAAUGACCUCAGUUUUAUAUUUAUUAUGUAGUCACUGUUUUAUUUAUAGCCUGUAGCAGUCAUUUUGUAAAAUUCGCACACUUUGAACCGUUGGUUCAGUAUUGUUUUCUUUAUGAAGUAUUUUAAUCAGUAUUUAGACACUCCAAAAAGUUAAAUGAACUUACCUUUUACUGACAGUGUCUCUUAAUUAUGAAAUUAUUUAUGAAGUAUUAUUAUUUGUUUUAGGCCAAAAUAUGUAAGGAUUACUAUAAUAUUUUAAAGAUGUUAUUUAAUAUGGACACACUGUUUUUGUAAAAACAUUGUAUUUGUGCUUUGCCUUUGUAUUUGGAAAUUUAUAUGAAGCUAUUUAAAAUAUUUUUGUUAUUGGAACAAACUUACAUAAAGGGAAAAAUGAAUUAAAUGUUAUUUAUGGAA